AUGAAUGCAGAAAAAUUACAAAAAUUGGAGCCUAUGGAAAUUCCAAGCUGCGUGCAAAACUAUACUAAUGAGUAUAGGAUCCAGCAAAGAACCCUAGGUCCACAAAUAGCACAACAAAAACAAAACAACGAGGCGGAUUCGUUUUCACAGAAUCCAAGGCCUGUUUUCACUGGGUCUGUCAGUCAGUGGGUCGGCUUUCGCACAACCCUGGCCUGUUUUCACUGGGCCGUCAAGUCUGAUCGGCUUUCGCACGACCAAGGGCCUGUUUUCACUGGGCCUGUCUGUCAGUCGGUCGGCUUUCGCACAAGCCUGGCUUGUUUUCACUGGGCCGUCGAGUCUGGUCGGCUUUCGCACAACCAACACAAAACAACAAGAGUCAGAACAACACUGGAAACAAAUUGUGUGACUUUAGUACGCGUGCGAAACUAUGCCAAUGAGCAUAGAGUCUCGUACUAA